AUGUUAUUGACGCCACGGUCGGUGUGCGUGCUUGUGUGCAACGCGGGGGAGUUCGGGCAGCAGCUAGGUAGGGACAACAUUGACCAGGCUGAUAUAGACUGUCGCCGGCUGGAGGCAUUGCGCGUAUGCGAGUGGCUGCGGUCGAUAUCUCGUCGCGUUCCCGGCAACGACAUCAUUCUCCUCGCUACCAAGUGUGACUUGGUGAGCGGGAACGCUGAGGAAACUGGCCGAAGAAUGGAGCAUGCCUGUCGGAUGUGGCUUUCGAGCUGGGUUUGCAGUGGUAUGGGCCCCGUCCGGCUGGAGCACCGCGUUUCCCUCACGAGCUGCUUCCCAGUAGGGGCUGGUGAGCCUGGCGAGAGUAGCUCUGGGAAUGAUGCUUCGAAGCAGGGUUGGGCGUGCGACUGGCGAGACGUGGAACGCCAAAAGCCUUCAACCAGUUUGCUUUACCGGCUCGUCAACAAGCCUGACGAAGGUGGGCUCCGAGGCGUCCGGAUGGUGCUUCCUCGCAGUUGGGAUAUCGCCCAAGUCUUCCUGGAUUCUCUCGAGGAUGGACGUGCUCGAACACGGGUGUGCCACGAGCGCCGACGACUUAUUCGAUUGUGUUUUGACCGUCGCUUGCCCAGAAAUCCUGUGGAGAUGGUAAUGCGCAAGUCUCCCGACAAUGACGGAGGGGGUGCAACGGAAACAGCAGGGGGCAAGACAACUGUGUUUCAGGGGAUCACGGUUGAGGAACUCAAGACCAAAUGGCAGGAAAUAGUUGAUGAGCUUGGGAGGAGCGGGAUCACUGUCGCAAACAUGGAGAGUGCUUUGGAGGGAGCUCUCUCGAUCAGGUGCAAUAUCGCUGGAGUACGACGGAACCCUCGUUCGCCACGAGAAAUUGUGUUUCUGGACUUCGUGUGGCUGGCGAGAAUCCUCAAACCCUUUCUCAACCACAAGGAUCAAGUGACCUACGACGGUCUGGUGAGGCUUGGGGACACGGGCGACGUGCGUAUCACACUCCACGACCAAUCGGAUAUCGCUUCGUUGGAUAGGCUCAAGGACGAGGGCGUGCUUGAACCCAGAUUGGCGAAUGCCAUUUGGCCUAGUGGUCUGUCCGAAGUGUGGGCAAAGGGAUCGACACCUUCUGCAUGGGGCUCACCCCGGCAUUCAGCGCCAGUUGGAAAUUUUCCUCGGGGACCGCCUGGAGCAACUGAAAAGGUGUUGACACGGUGCUGCAGUCUUGGUGGCGUGCAAUUAUUCUGGCAAUAUGGGGUGCUUGUGCAUGGCGGCCUCGGCGACUUUGAAGGACGCGAGAUAUUUGCUACGGUCUUGGAAUACUCGUCCACCGACAAUGAGCUUUCUGCUCGGAUUUUCGGCGAUAUCAGCACGCCAGCUCCGUGGACGGCGCUGUCAUACGUGAUGUCGGCGGUGAUCUUGAUGUUGGUGGAUUUUCCAGGACUGCGUUGGGAAGGCUCUCUGAAGUGCCCUCAACAUGGCAACGCGAUGCUCUUGGCCAACCAAGUAAGCCCUGAGCCCCUUGUGUAG